CACCAUUUAAUAUAACAUUGUAACAUAUCAAUCUGAGAGAGCGAGAAGAGAAAUGAGUCUUGAAGGAAAGUUGGUUUCUGAGAUAAACAUCAAGUCUUGUGGUGAUGUGUUUCAUGAGAUCUUUAGAUAUAGACCCCACCAUAUCUCAAGCAUGUCUCCUGAUAAAAUCCAAAAUGUUGACAUUCAUGAAGGUGAAUGGGGAACUGUUGGUUCUGUGAUUUUUUGGAACUUCACUCAUGAUGGGAAGGAGAAGGUAGCAAAGGAGAUUAUUGAAGAAAUAGAUGAAGAAAAGAAGUUGGUUAAAUUCAAGGUGAUAGGGGGAGAUCUACUGGAUUUUUACAAAUCAAUUUAUCUCACUGUUCAUGUUGAAACGAAGGGUGAAGACAAUUUGGUUACUUGGAUCUUGGACUACGAGAAGUUGAAUCCAGAUAUACCAGAUCCACACACAUUAAUGGAAUUCUGUCUUAAUGUCACUAAAGAUAUUGAGACUCAUCACCUAACUGGGAAGUUAGAGUCUCAAAUUGAGAUUAAAUCUGAUGGAGAUGUGUUUCAUGAAAUAUUUAGGUAUAGACCACACCAUAUCUCUACUAUGUGCUCUGAUAAGAUUCAGAAUGUUGAUAUUCAUGAAGGUGAAUGGGGAACUGUUGGCUCUGUUCUCUUUUGGAACUACGUACAUGAUGGGAAAGAGAAGGUUGCAAAGGAGAUAAUUGAAGUCAUAGAUGAGGAAAAGAAGUUGGUUAAAUUCAAAGUGAUUGGAGGGGAUUUGUUGGAGACAUACAAAUCAUUUUAUCUCACAGUUCAUGUUGAGACCAAGGGUGAAAGCAACUUGGUUACUUGGAUCUUGGAAUAUGAAAAGCAGAACUCAAAAGUCCCAGAUCCACACACUUUAAUGGAAUUCUGCCUCAAUGUUACCAAAGAUAUUGAGACUCACCAUCUUAAAUGUGAUACAUAAAUCCCAUAUGCGUGGAAUUAGGCUGCUGUCUCAUGAAGUUUAAUAAUAAUGUGUGUUUUGAUUAAUGGGUGUGCUUGAAAAUAAUGUCUACUUUAUGCAGAAAAUAAACAUAAAAAUGAGUGAAUAUGUAAUUUCUGAUUUUGUUGUGCAUUGAACAACAGUUUGUGAAUUUGUGUUGAUAAUGUUGAUGUAAUAUUUUAUCCUAUUAAUUCCAAGGUAAAAAAAAACAUAAAAGCGUGCAAAUUUGAUUGAGAAUAA